AUUACUGUUUUGAGCUAGAACGCUGGAAGCAGGUUCUUCAACGUUUGUCGUUUUUGCUUUGUGAUUUCUAUUUUAGCAUAUUCUAACGUGUUUUCUUGUGUUUUUAAGUUUUAUAUAUUCUUUCCUGUAUAAAUAAAGAUGAAGUCCUAGUCCUGUAGCACUUAAAAUUAACACUUUUAUUCACAGUUUUGUUUUAAAGAUCUGUUUGGAUGACGUCUUACUUCAUGUUGAAGGGGUAGUAUCUGUAUUAUGCUAGAGAAUAAACUCUUGACUAAGUCUUGAUUAUGGGGAUACUAUAAUUAAAUUUACAGACUCUUAAUAACUCACAUUUCAGUUAUGUAUGAUAGUAUUUCAUAAAUAAAUAAUCCAUUAGGCCCAAUUAUGAUUACCAUAACACCUACUCCACAGCUGUACAAUGCCAGCACUCCAAGUUUUCCUACUCAACCACCAAAUAAUCGGUUUAUGCCACCCCAAAGAUUUCAUGGACCUAGACAUCAAUUUUUCCAACCUUUCAAACCAUUUGGAAGAGGAGGUCCAUCUCCUUUGGACCCGGAAUUCGAUGGAAAACGUCUCCGAAAAUCUGCUAUGCGAAAAACAGUCGAUUACAACGCUGCUAUUAUUAAAAUGUUGGAGGGCAGAGUGUGGCAACGAGAUCAUAGGGACAGACGUGCUCUACAGCCAGACGCCAUCUACAUUCCGGACAUGCUUCCGCCACCGUCCUAUGAGGAGAACGCCAUCAACGCGGUGACAACGCGCUUCGUGAAGACUGCUACCAACAAGAUGCGCUGUCCUGUCUUCUGUAUGGCGUGGACGCCUGAGGGCAGGCGUCUUGUGACUGGAGCCUCUUCUGGCGAGUUCACGCUCUGGAAUGGACUCACCUUCAAUUUCGAAACUAUCCUUCAGGCACACGAAAGCCCCGUUCGGACGAUGGUGUGGUCCCACAAUGACAUCUGGAUGGUGACGGCCGAUCACUCUGGCUACGUAAAGUACUGGCAGUCAAACAUGAACAGCGUUAAAGUUUUUCUAGCGCACAAGGAGGCAAUUCGUGGCAUCAGUUUCAGUCCAAAUGACAGUAAGUUUGCAACAUGUUCAGAUGAUGGAACCGUCAGGAUAUGGGAUUUUCACAGAUGUCAUGAAGAACGAAUUUUACGAGGUCAUGGUGCAGAUGUGAAGUGCGUGCACUGGCAUCCACAGAAAGGACUGGUAGUGUCAGGUAGUAAGGAUAAUCAGCAACCUGUCAAAUUAUGGGAUCCAAAAACUGGCCAAUCUCUUGCUACAUUACACGCUCAUAAAAGCACAGUGAUGGAUGUGAAAUGGAAUAAGAAUGGAAACUGGUUAGUAACAGCCUCAAGAGACCACUUACUGAAGCUGUUCGACAUUCGUAAUCUUUCUUCGGAAGUGCAAACUUUCCGCGGUCACAAGAAGGAAUCGAGCAGCAUUGCCUGGCAUCCCUACCACGAGGGACUGUUCUGCAGUGGCGGGUCCGAUGGAGCUAUACUAUUCUGGCACGUCGGGGCUGACAAAGAGGUGGGAGCAAUCGAACAAGCACAUGACAGCAUCGUUUGGACAUUGGCGUGGCAUCCGUUGGGCCAUAUCCUGUGCUCUGGAUCUAACGACCAUACCAGCAAGUUCUGGACUCGAAAUCGGCCCGGAGACCAGAUGAGAGACAAGUACAACCUCAACACCCUCCCAGCAAAUCUUGGUGGUCUCGAUGAAAACGAUAUUGAUGAUUAUGCAGCUAUUCCUGGCAUGGGUCCUGAAGAUAAAGUUGAACCAUCUAGCACACAAGAAGAAGAAAACACCGCAGUGUCUUCAGGCGUGAUACCUGGACUUGAUUUUGAUCCGCUUGAUGAGAAGAACAAGAUAGCUUUAAAAAAGGUACCGUAUUCCAAGCCUAUCCCUAAGAACUUCCAAGCACAGUGGAAUGCCACAAGAAAUGCCGAUGAUUCUGGAGAUGAGUCGAAAAAAGGAAUUGAUCCAAUCGCGAUCAUCAAUUCUAUCGUUGAAAAGCAGCCAGGUGUGAUUCCGCUCACUGAUGUCACACCUGAGUCUCUUUUAAUUUAUGGCAAAGUUCUCAAAGUAGAGGCUGGAACCCCAUUAGCUGAAGCGAUUGCAGGCGGAGUUGAAAAGCUCUACAAGUAUGUGAACUCAGGAGUGAUCCCAGAACUGCGGGAGGUGAUGCCCUACUAUGACUACAGCGACACCGAGAAAGAAGACGUCAUAUCGUUGGACGAAGACGAUGAAAUCGAUCCAGAACAUCUCGAUCCCUACAAGAACGACUCUUUCUUUGGAAAUGAUCUCGAGGCAUUUGACGGGGAUAAAAAAGAGUGGAUGACUAAUGAAAACCAGAACAUGCAGUUCCAAGGAAUGCCACCAAACAAUAUGAUGCCGCCAGACUUUGGAGGGAACAAGGGUGGAAAUAUGCCACCAAAUAACUUCCAGAUGCCGCCUCCCAUGAUGAACCCUCCGUUCUCAGGCAUGAACCGCCCCCCGCCGCAGGGCAUGUUCCAACAGGGUGGGCCGAACAACCAGGGUCCGCCCAACAACCAGGGUCCGCCCAACAACCAAGGCUUCCAAAUGCACCACCCUAAUAACAUGAAUAUGCCUCCACACAUGCAGAACAAAAAUUUCAGGUUCAUGCCGCCAGGUCAAGGGAUGCCCAUGGAUCAAUCCAGACCCCCUCCUCCUCAACUGGGAGGCCCAGGAGACCAGCAGCAAAAUCCCAUGUACCAGGACUCUGAUUCGCCGAGAAACUCGCCAAUGAACAGGGGAAGAAAUGACAGGGGCAAUUUUAGUGGCGGCAGAUUCCAAGGCCAAGGCAGGAGAUUCGACGACAGUUUUGAUAGGUUCAACGAUUCUAAUAGGUCAAAUGACUUCAAUAGAUCUAAUGACUUCAAUAGAUCAAAUCGAUCUAAUGACUUUGAUAGGUCAAGUGAUUUUAACCAGUCGGGUAACUUCGACGAAGAUACCUACGACGACUACGAUGAUAAUGAGGAGGGGGAUGGUAACUACCAGGACCAGCAUCAAAAUCGUAGGCGAUGGAACGAUUCAGAUCAAAACAAGUGGGAGGAAGGAGGAGAAGAUGAUGUUGGUGAAGAGGAAGGCGAACAGGAUGGCCAGGGGUCGGGAAGGGGAGGGGGGAGAGGAUUCAGGGGAGGGUUCAGAGGCAGGGGUGGUGGGGGUGGUGGAGUAAGAGGAGGUAACCGAUUUGGCAACUGGGAUAAUGAUGAUCAGCCAUGGAGGGGUAAACGUGGAGGUAGAGGAGGAGGUAGAGGUCCAGGUCCGGGUCCGGGUCCGAGGAGAGGACGAUUCAACUCCAGAAUGCGAGGUCCGAAAAGAAUGCGUGGUCAUGAUAGAAAUAAUGAUAACAGGGAUUGAACUAUUGAGGUCGAAUCAAUGAUACAUACUUACAUUGAUAGAAUACGCUCGUUAAAUGCCGGUAAGUUGAGGAAAACGGUUUCUCAACGAACAAUGUGGACUGAUUAUCAUAGUUAUGUUUUCGGUCUUGUACUCUAGUAGUCAGUGUUCGUAAAACUUUUGCAUGAACAAUAUUAUUUUUCCAAUAUUAUUUCGGCGGGUAUUUAAGUUUUGCUAUGAAACAUUGUGAACAUUCUCGUGGUUCUUAUUUUUAAUUCAUGUUUUCUUUCAAUUUUAAUCGUAGCUGGUCCUUCGAUACUUAUAAGGUCGUUAGAUAUGUAAUUUAUUUCAAUUUACAAUUUAUUUGAACUACAACCACUUCCAAAAGUCUUCCUCAUUCAAAUUGUUGAAGUACCUAGGCUGAAAUCGAUUUCUUUUGAAAAAGAAUAAUUGACUUUCAAUUAUCGUGCAGUUAUUGUUUAAUAUAUCAAUGCUUAUAAUAUUAUCACUGUUCAACAAAAUACAUUGAACAACCAAUUUGCAAUAUAAAAUUUAUGAUCAAGUUUAAUAAUAAACGUAUCUCAAACAUAAAUAAUGUUCCUAUGCUAUAUUCACAUUGAAUCACUUAUAAGAAUGUCAGCUGAUAUUCCACACUAACAAUAUUACUCUACUGAGAAAGACAUAAAUUAUUUUGGUAACCACAUCAUUGGAAAUAAUAAUCAUUGACCAUAAACUCAAGAAAUUCUAGAUCAUUAAUAAUUUUGAUUUUCAAGAUUUUUGUUCACCAUUUUGAAAUGUUUUACUCAUCAAAAUUAAAACAAAGAUUCAUCAAAUUGCUUAUUUUGUCAAUUAACAUGAAUUCUUUGUAUUCUUUCCGUUUAUAAUAACACUCUUGUGAAGUGCAUUAUUCCAUCAAACCAAGUUUUCAAGCAAUACUCACAUUAUACGAUGAUAGUCUUAAAAAUGUAAAGGUAAAUCUAAAUUACUGGAUGUGAAAAUUUAGUAUUUUUAUCCAAACUUUAUGAACUCGUUGAAUAUUUCCAUAAUAAUCAAGUGCUGUGAUAUAGUCAGUCAUAAUUUUUCAAUUCAGAAAUUAGAUCAACACUUUUUUAGGAAAAUCUGUGUCUGAAUAUAUUUUUUCGUCUUUUAAACUCGUUAAUUUCUCUUCCACGAGGAUUCAUUAUGAUCACAAAAGAAAAUGUGUUUGUUUCCAUUUCUAUUAUAAGAUGCAAUACAUCUCCACAUUAAAUUCACUGUUUUUUUUUUAAUGAAUUAAAAAGUCUAAUUCAUUCUAGAAUACGGUGGUACUCUUCUCCGCUUUGCAAUAAAAUGAUACACCAAUUAAUUGUAUUUUAAAAUUAGUAAAAUAAUGAGUAACUUGAUGAAUAAUAAUCAUUAUAAUUCAUAUUGCUAUUGUGCUUGUUAGAAUAGAUGUGUAAAUAUCUUGUAAGUGAUUUGUCAGGUCUUAUUUGAUAUGAAUUGGUGUGCUUUUAUUCAUGAGAAUGAAAUCAAUUUAUGCUAAAGUAGGUAUAACAUUAUUUCGUAAGUUGAACCUAUUACCUGAAGAAUUAUUGUAUCAUGCGUGAAUGGAUUUGAGUGACACCAUAGGAGUUUCUAGUGAAAAUAUUAUGUGGAAAUCCACUUGCUUCUUUUUCUGUUACUCUCCCCCAACUCUCAUUCCUUGACUCUCCCAGUUUUCAUGUAUUAGUCAAUUCAAGCUGUACUAUAUCAUCUUAUGUAUCUUAUCUCUUCAUCCAUUAAUCGUUUUACUUUUAAUUUUUUCCUCUAUUCUUUUCAACAUUUUCUCUUCUACAUUUCAAUAUUUCAUUGACUUUAAUUGAAAUUCUAAGAAGCUUAACUACUAAUUUACUUUUCCAGCUCAAUCAUUUUUGUUCGUCUUUAUUUUAUUUUUGUUACUUUUCUUUGUUUCGCCGACCGUUAUUUUUUUCAGAGUAAUAAAUUGAGAAAUGUAAGUGAACUCGUUGAAUAUUACUUUUGGAGGAUAGCUUUAAUUGUUGCUUGUUCUCCAUCUGAAAGAAUAGCGGCUUGGAAUUUAAUCUUGUUGGUUUUAUAAUAUUUUUGAAGAGUAACCCAUUCAAACCUCCAUUAUCGUAUUUUUUUAAUUAUUUAUUUACCGAAUUGUAUUAUAGUAGGCCUACUAUUGGCCUACAUGUAUUUCAGGCAUCAAACGCUUAAAACGACUAUCGAUACAGAACUCUGUAUAAUAAAAUAGCCUACCUCA